AUGACGGCGUUGAUUUUUGGAGGGUGUUGUGCGAAUGUUCGUCCCUUGAUCACGUUGAUCCAAUUCGUGACCGUCACACUGUUUACGAUCCCCAGUUUCAUCUCCUUCUCGGCAGGACCGCCGUCGGUGUUUGUCGUCCCCCGCGCGAUCCCGCUGCGAUCGUGGGUCAUCUACACGGCGUUCUUUGUGACGGUGAAUCUGUUGAAUAACUGGGCGUUUGCCUAUCGGAUUUCCGUGCCGCUGCAUAUUAUCUUGCGGUCCGCGGGCCCGGUAGCCUCGAUGAUCGUCGGGUAUGUCUACAACGCGAAGCGAUAUUCGGCUGGACAGAUCUUUGCGGUGAUUCUGCUUACGCUGGGCGUGAGCGGUGCCGCGUUGGCGGACGCGGAGGCCAAGGGCAAGGUACAGUCUACGGGGGGUGAGUCCUCGCUGGCGGAUUUCCUGGUGGGAUUCCUGAUCCUGGUGCUGGCCAUGAUCCUGUCCGCAUUCCAGGGCGUGUAUGCGGACCGACUGUACGAGACGUACGGCCGGAAUCACUGGCGGGAGGCCCUGCUGUACUCGCACAUGCUGUCUCUGCCGGUGUUUCUGCCAACGUAUCCGCAGAUCUCGUCGCAGUUGCGGGCGCUGGUCGCCAGUCCGCCGGUGCAGUCGCUGGUUGGUCCCUCUGCGUCGAGCAUCUUUCCCAACGACCAGUCCAUCACGACAUCGAUGCCAGUCAAGGUGGCGUAUCUGGUGUUGAACGCGGUCACGCAGUACGUGUGCAUCCGGGGGGUGCAUCUGCUGUCGGCCAAGUCGUCGUCGCUGACGGUGACGAUUGUGCUGAACAUCCGCAAGCUGGUGUCGCUGCUGCUGUCAAUUUAUCUGUUUGGCAACCGACUGGCGACGGGGGUGAUGGCGGGAGCGGCGCUGGUGUUUGCGGGGGCUGGAUUGUAUGGGUUUGAGGGAGCGCGAUUACGGGGGAAUCAGAAGAAGCGGGCAUGA